AUGAAGUGGACCGAGAAAUUGACCCACGCUUCACGUAAAGGAGGUAUAUUCCUGUUCCCCCAUGGGUAUAGGCUGAGCGCGCAAAAACCGUGCGUCCUCUCGAGCGAACGCCGCUGGAAUAGCGCGGGGCGCGAGGGGCGGCGCGGGGCGGGCGCGCGCGGGGCGAGGGCCGGCGAACAGCUGAGCGUGUAUAUUGACAGCACUCCGCACGCCGUCCACUCGUUAGUAACAUCUCAGACGCCGCGGAGUGCGCACGUAGCCGCAAACGUUAUGCUACUUACGCUCGACGACUGA